GAAAACUUGAAACCAGCUCUGCCAUAUAUAGAAACAAACAGUGAAUUGCUUUUGCUAAUUUACUAGUUCAUAGAAAUAUGGCAGGCAAUGUGUUUGGAGACCCCAUCACUGAUGAGGAUGUAAAAAUACUUCAUCCAGAGAAGACCGAUAUAACGCGCAAAGACAGAGCUGAAGUGGCUUUCCUAAACAUCAAUUCAAAGGGGAGGGACGCCAAUGCAAAAACCUUUGUGAAGAACCUUAAGGAAAGGUAUGGCAAUGGAAUCUCUGCACUUUGUAUGAUUUUCAAUGCCACCGGAGAUACAUUAACGUACUCCGGCAAACAUGACUGGCACGGCCAUAUUUAUGAAUCGCCAUACCCUGCCAAGAUUCAAAAUGGGCAGUGGGGUGCUUUUCUCCAUGUCCAUCCCUCGUGGUUUGCUGGUUCGGAAUCCGCUGUUGUCUACCGCGGCUUCAAUGGCGACGAUUAUCUCUCUGACUUGAUGCUUUCUUGGGGCAUUCCUUAUAUUGGUGAUAACCAUACUUAUACUGAAAUCCGUGAAGGACAUCAUUAUGAGACUGAUCAUUGGGAUUACAUUCAAAGUUUGUUGGAAAGCCAAUCCACUCAUUAUGAGGACACUUGGAACGGAUGCUACUCUAUGGUGACAAUUGGGGAAGGCACUUCGCCUGAGUUUGUGGGAAUAAUGACCUUGGAGGGUGUCACUAGUAAAAAUAAAAUAAAUAUCAACAGUUUCUUGACGAGUACUGCAAGUGCAAGUGCUUAAGAUUAUCAAACUGCGUCGUUUCUUUUUUGUUGAAAAAAAUAAAAAGUUGUAUUAUACAACUUUAUCAGGUGGAUAUUUAUGCAUGGCUUUUCCACUUAAAUAAGGACAGUGAGUA